CUUCAAUGGACUCACUCAGACGCCGUCAUCACAUGCAUGUCAUGUCCGUCCACCCAUCCAUCCAUCGGUCUGUCUGUCUGCACCAGGCAGGCACCAGAGCGUGAUACUCAGCGCCACCGACACACACACACACACACAUCCAUCCCAUCGAGCGUGGUUGAGCUUAGCUUGGUACGGGUCAGUCAGUCAGGGAAAGCAGGCAGGCUUUGGCAGCCUCCUUCCCUCCAUCCCUACUCGAUCAAGCUCCCCUCCCACAUGUCAGUCAAUCAAACUCCCAUACAAACAAAUACUCACGGUCAUGUCACGCCCAACACAUGCACUCAAUGCACAAAUCACUUACUCGUCUGGUCUCGUCCGCAUGAUGUGAUAAAAGCACUCCAUCACGCCACACACAUCAACGUAUUAACGAAUUGGAUGGGCACGUGUCUAUCGUAUGGAAGAGAUGAAAGAAAGUAACACCACUGCUAGCUAGGCCUUGGCCUCCGCCGUUUUGCCCGUCGGCUCCUCCUGCAUCGUGUCAAAGCUCUCACUGCUCGCCGCUCUCCCGCUGCUGCUGGACGGUGUCUCUUCUGACGGAGGGGGUGGGUCAGAUGUCGCAGCCCGGUCCUCUGGUGCAUCCGUCGGUGGCGGCUGGUUGACGCCAGGGGAUGACGACGAGUAAUACGCAUAGCUGGCCGUCACCUGCAUGGGAGGACGGAUGAUGGAAUUGAAUGCUGUCAGCCCUGACAGCCUCCUUGGCUGUCUGUCUUGUCUGGCUGACCGACCUGUAAGAGGUUGUUGAGUCUGUCGAGCAUGGUUUUGGGUUCGUCUAGGAUGCCCGCAGCGAUGCACGCGUUGUCGUACAGCUGCUCCGUCAACAUCUGCAGGAUACAUAGCAGAUACAUACGCCACAGACAAUACUCAUGGCUUCACGCUUGUGGCCAUCCAUCGCUGCGUGCGGUGGGGUGGCUGUCUUGCCUGUGCAAUGUCAGGUUGUGAUGUCUGCAGGUGGUAGAGGGAGGUGGUGAGCUCGUGGCCAGGGUUCAACUCCAAUGUCACCGGCAGAUUGGCCAGAUCUGCUUAUCGUCGAUAAAUAAAUAUGACACACAGAGAACAGAGAGGCACACGGCAGUUCCAUUCCACGCGGCUCUUGUAGUGUCGGUUUGGGUGUGUGUGCGUGUUACUUGAGGGUCCUUCCUCGCUGCCCUUCAUCAUGCUCUUCAUCAUCUUCCUGCACACACACACACACGAAUCCACAGCAAACCACCAGGUGGUGUCAACUAUCCUGAGUGUGUAUGUGACCUCAUGGUAGAUGAGAGGAAUCCCGUGACGACGGCGGGGCUCUUGGUCAGCCGAGAGGAGAACUUGAUGGCCGUCACACGGUUCCCCAACACACCCUGAUAUAUGCACCAUGACACGGCCAGCACACAGAACAAUCCGUUUUGAGUGUCGUGUCUGCUGGCUCGAGAUGCUUGCGGUUCACACAAGUGUACCUUGAUGUAGCCCUCGAGUUGGCUCUGCUGCUCCGAAGACAACGCCGGCCUCUCCACCUGUCAGUCGCGUCGCGCGCACACACGAAGCAAAGCACCCGUCCGUCCGUCAGGUUGCUAAGUGACGAGGGUGAGUGGUGUAUGAGUGAGUCCAUUCAUUUGCAUGCAUACGUCUUUCUUGUCCUCAGCCUUGGUCUCUUCGUCGGCCUCUGCUUCUUGCUCCUCCUCGAGUAGUGGCUCGAAGUCAUCCUCGGGGCUGUCCACCGCAACCAGCUUCUUGCCAUCGUAGUUCUGAUAUGAUGGCAAAGAGAGCGACACAUACACCACAAGGGGUCGCUUGGUGGACACGGGGCUCUGGCCAACCUAACCUACCUGCAGGUUCAUGGCGACGAACUCAUCAAUCUCGUCAUACAUCAGGAGCACAUUCCUGCAGGGAAGGGAAGACAUUCACAUGGGUGACAUGGGUGGGUGUACAGGGCAGGCCCUCCCUGGUGUGGCUUCUCCCUCCCCCCUCCCUCCCACCUACCCACCUGUCUUUCUGGAGGAACUGCUCCAUGUACGGUGAGGCCAGUGCGGUCUGCCGGUUGGUCGCACACAUGUAGUAGAUGUUCUCCUGCUUGGCCUUCAUCGACUUGACGUACCUGCAGGGAGGGAGGACACACAAACCACACACAAACCACACACGCGUCGCGGGGGACACACAGACACGUCACGCACACAUGACGGACGGCACCAUAGCUACCACCAUCAUGAUAUAUGCUGUUUGGUUGCCCACCCACUCACUCUUCGAGUGAAAUGUAUUCCUUGGGAGGCUUCUGCGAGCACUCGUAUCGCAGCAGCUUGACGAGUUGGUUCUUGUGUGCGCCGCCUGUGCCGCCGGUGGAAGUCUCCUGCUGGCCCAUGUCCUCGAGCAGCCCCUCCUUGAGGUAGCUGCUGAACUUGUGGUAGAACUGAAGGAACUUCUUGCCGUCUCUCUGGGACUGUCAGAUACACAAUAAGAAGGAACCGAUGCAACGACGAGACACGACCCACGUGUUGGCGGGGAUGAUAGGUAGAUAGCUCCCUCACCUCUUCGUCGAAGAAUUUGAGUAUCCGCCUAACGACGGCAUAGCUGAGCUUCUCCAUCAGCCGAGUGUCCUGCAUGUUUUCCCUGCUGAUGUUCAGGGGGAGGUCCUCGCAGUCGAUGACCCCCCGGAUGAACCCCAGCCACCGAGGAAUCACCCUCGACGCCGACUUCUGAACCAACACGCGCCUGAUCAGCCAGCCACGCACAGACAGACACCAACACAUACAAUAGAAUGCGCCGGCGCAGCCGUGUGUGUAUGUUUCCCACCCACCCACCCCGCCCCGCCCCGGCCACCUUGAGUGCAGGGCGACGCUGACUUCUCUGUCAGUCUGCUUCUGGAAGAUCCGCACGGGUGCGUCCUCGGGAAUGUAAAACAGCGACUGAGUCAGCCAGCCACAGAGAGGGAGGCCACACAGACAGAGGCAGGCCCGCCCUGUGUUGUCUGUCGAUUGUCUUGUCUGUGUGGCACAGCACACGCUGUCUUGUCUGUCUUACUCACCUUGAUGGACAGCGGGGCGUCGGUGUUGAACCUCAGUGUAUAGAGGGGCUCACCAUACGUCGUGUUGCCCAGAAACCUGACAGACAUUAGCGAUCGACCAUGCCAUGGACCAGCAAGGAGUGCAGCCCGUUGUGCCCGUUGUGUGCGUGUGUGAAUGCCCACGUACCUCAAGAACUCCUUGUGCUCUUCCUCCGAUACGCUGGACUUGAGCCACAAGGCCUCCUGUGGGUUCAGCCUCGUCUCGUCAGUCCCUUCCUUCAGGUACAGCGGGAAGCUGCACAAAUGAGUAAGGCACACACAUGAGCACACAGUAUCUGCCCUACCCCCCAUCCAUCACAUGUGCCUGCUGUGGCUCCCUCCCUCCCUGCCCACCUGAUGAAGCUGGAGAAAUGUUCGGCCUUGGUUUUGCAGUUCUGGGGGUUGGCGAACUCCAGGCAGUCGGGCUUCAGGUGACACACAAUGCGGCUGCCGCGGGCAGGCGCCUCAUCCAGGGGGCACUCACUGACCACACCAACACAACCAGCACACAAACCGGAUGGAUGGAUGCCGUGCCUGGGAGGAGGAAGGACCACGUGUGUGCCGACUGACCGUAUGUUGAAGGAGCCCAGGCCGUCCGAGGUCCAGUGCCACGCAGAUGCGCCCUUGUCGGCAUCAAAGUGACGGGUGAAGACCUCCACCUUGUCCGACACGAUGAAUGACGAGUAGAAGCCCACCCCGAACUGACCGAUGAGGGCCUGGGCCCGCUCACUCUCGCCCCCACUGGCAGCCUUGUUGGCCUCCUCGAUGAACUUGCGGGAGCCCGACUUGGCGAUGGUGCCGAGGUUGUCGAUGCAGUCCUCCCUCGUCAUGCCCACACCGCUGUCCUGCAGACGCAGACAGAUGGGCCGAGAGGAUGGGAUGGGCUGCUUCGUGUGUGUGGAGUGGAGAGUCUGCCGUCUGACUGACCUCGAUGGUGAACGUUUUUGCGGCAGGGUCUGCCGAUAUGACGAUCCUCAGGGCACCCUCCUCCUCAGGCACCGAUGGGGCUGCACACGGUGGUCGGUGCGAGUCGAGUCGUGUUGCCAGCCAGUAUCUAUCCAUUCGUUGGAGCCUUGCAAGCUUACCUUGCCCCGAGACCUGUAGGAAUCUGAGUUUCUCCAGCGCAUCACUGGCAUUCGAUAUCAACUCACGGAUGAACACCUGAGCGAUGGAUGCCAUGCCGACCACACACACACACACACACACACAAACACGCAAACACACUGCCUGUCCAGCUCAGCUCAGCUCGUUGCAGCCCCUCCCUUCCCAUCCGGACUUCUUUGUCGGUGUAGAGAGAGUGUGUGACGAUGUGCAGCAGCUUCUGCGUCUCAGCGCGGAACUCCAUCGUCUCCCCGCCCUCCCCCUCACCCGCAGAUGUGCUGAGAAACCGACAGGAGUGGCGCAACGCACAGCUGGUGGGGAGGGGGGCACCGGGCGCUGAGCGGUCAAUGCCAUGGAGUGUGCUUGGCAGUGCUGCGAAAUGCCGUGAUGCAGCGAUCUGUUGUGCUGCCAGGAAGCCUCGAACGACACUGCCGGAGGCUGAGGGAACACGCACCCUGAAGAUACACAGACAGACAGACAGACAGGCAAAGCAGCAGAUAAAGAGGUGGGAUUGAUAGAUCUGUGCGUGCGUUCUGUUGAGGCAUGCAGAGGCCGCUUCUGCCUGCCUCGGUGGCCUGGCGUACCUGAGAGAGCUGCGGAUCAUUGCCUUGCAAUGAGUGCGAUCGAAUGGCGCCUUCUUGUGAGAUCCUUGUGCUUUGCAGCAGGGCCCUUAGCGCCGCGGGGGGGGAGUGAAAGAAGACGCGUUC